UUCAUCGAGGACUUGUUGAUCCCGGGAACAGACAAGACAGAUCCUUCUGGUCCUAUCGAAACACCGGCCAACUGUUAGGGUGACUAGGAAUCUCAGGUUCAAGAAACAAGCAAAGAUGCACACGUGUUUAGCAGUAACCAUCGUCCUCGCGAUCACGAUGCACUUCGGGGUCGAAGGAUGGGGUGGUUUGUUCAACCGUUUUAGCCCGGAAAUGCUAUCGAACCUCGGCUACGGAAGUCACGGCGAUUACAUGGGCAAAGCGGGACUGUACCAGCGACCAUUAUCCGCCGGUUACGGAAACUCUUAUGGGGAUUCGUUGGAAGACGUCGUACCUUGCUACGAGAGAAGGUGCACGGCUAAUGAACACUGUUGUCCUGGCUCUAUCUGCGUGAACGUUGAUGGAGCUAUGGGUCACUGCGUUUUCGACCUGGGGCAGAAACAGGGAGAAUUAUGCAGGAACGAUAAUGAUUGCGAAACUGGACUGAUGUGUGCUGAGAUUGCUGGGAGCGAGACACGAUCCUGUCAACCACCGAUGACUUCUAAUAAGUUGUAUAACGAGGAAUGCAAUAUGUCUGGGGAAUGCGAUAUCACUCGAGGUUUGUGCUGCCAGCUUCAGAGGCGUCACCGACAAACGCCAAGAAAGGUUUGUGCAUACUUCAAAGACCCUCUUGUGUGUAUCGGCCCAGUAGCGAUGGACCAGAUGAAGUCCGUCGUGCAGUACACUUCCGGUGAGAAACGUAUCACCGGACAGGGAAAUCGAAUUUUUAAACGAGUUCCUUUCGCCUAAGAAUUUCACACCACUGAGAACGGAAGGAGUGUCUACAUAAAAUCAAAUUCUGCUCCUCGAUAUUGAAAGAGAAAUAAGUCUUUCGAAAUUCUUCUGGUUCCUGAUUCUCCCGUGCCACGGUGUUUCAUAGUUUUCAUCAUGGCGGACGUGGUGGGAGAAUCGGGAAACAAACGCGCCUUCCAAAUCGUUUUUCUUUAAAUAUUACGACUGACAAACACAUAUCAUAAUCAUAAGGUAAUGUAUCAAGGUUUAUUAACGAACAGCGUGUACAGGGUAUUUCGAGAAGAAAAAAUUAAGCGUUUCCUUUUUUUCAUUCCUUGAACGUUGUUUUCGGGCGGAGAAUUAGAAUUUUACAAAUUGAAUAGGAAUUGAAUAAAUAGAACAUAGACGACGAUAGCGGUAGAAACGAUAGUGUCUCUAUUUCUCACGAACGUAAACGAUAAUUAAUAAAUACGAUUAGAGUGUUUAGUUUGUUAGCUCAAUAGUUCUUUUGUAUUUAAAGAAAUGACUGAAAGAGUGGGUUUUUCGCCCUGUACACGAACUUUUCCUGAAUUUAUUCUUAAGACUUCUCAGCACCGUCUUUAGAUACACCAGGCCCGGACUCGGGGACUUGAUUUCUCGAAAAUUUGUAAGAAUUAAUUAUAUUAAAUAAAAUGCUUUUUUAAACGAUUAAAGUGCGAAUAAGUAGAAAUUGGAAAUCCUAUUCUGGCGAUCCUACAGGCCUGGGCCUUGUAAUCCUAAAGACGGCUCUGCUUCUCGAAUUAUUCGAACGCACACGGAAUAUGCUUUCUCAUUCUGUUUCUUGAAGAAACGUUAAACAUUCUUGUUAUCAGUGGUAGUGGAAAGAAGUUUAGAACGACAUUAUUUCCAUCGUAUGGUCAAUGUUUCAUCUGAAUUUAAUCGGAAUAAAAAGUUUAAACAAGCUUCGUCGGUGUCUAACAAAACUUCUAUGCAUCAUCGAGUCGUGACGAUUUGAAAGUAUUUUAAUUACGUAUCAUGACACUCUGCUUGUCGUAGCGUAUAUUCCAAAAGAUAAUUGAAAGUAUACGUGUGUACGUAGACAUAUUAAGUAGGAAAUGGUUUCUUUUCGAACGUGAGAAUCGCACAAUUGAACGCUUAUCACGGAAAUCGCUCUAUCGGGUUCGAUUAUUAAAGCGAUAUCGUUAAUUAUAAUGUAAUUAAAAGAAUCAUUCUCUGUGUGGGAAUCGUUACGUUAAAUGUUAAUUAGAAAAAAUUACGUGAACGAUCAUAAAGAUGAAACACACGAACAAAAAUAAUGUUCUAAUCAUAAUCACGAGGAACGACGGUCCUUAAUUAAUUAAUGACUGUCGUCGAAACAUUUUUCGAUGCGUAAAGUACCUGCUGCGAGAAUUUGGACGACAAACCUCGUUUCUAUGCCACUGAUGCUAGUCAACGAGAGUCCAAAGCACACAAAAUAAAGAGAAUAAUAUAUUUCUAGUUACACGUUAUUAAUAUUAUUACUUCCAAAGUUGACCUGUUUAUCUUGUAAGAGAAACUCGUAACAUAUCAUGGGAAUGCCUAAUCUAUUAAGGGAGUUUUAAAUGUGACAUGUUACUACAGGAUAUAUCUAACUGAAAUUAUAUUUUUAUCUUCGAUCGAUAUGUAUACUUAAAUACUAUAUAUACACAUAUUUACAUAUAGUAUUCAUAUAUUUUCCGGAUGCGUAUAUCUCUAUAAAAACUAAUGUUACUACCCUCUGAUGCGUCGUGCGUGCGUCAUGUCACAAGGGUUCACACGAUCUUUGCUUCAAAACUUUUGCAUUUAUUUAUUAGAAAAGUUCGAUUGCAUUGUCACUUUCAAUCCCUGCCCUUUUGUAUUAACAUUUUCGUCUCGGAUUAUUUAUUAUGGUAUUUAUUUAUAGUCCUAAAAUUAUAAUUCUUGAAAAUAAGGAGACGAGAAUGAGGCAAUGAACUGAAACUAAUACAUAUCAUAGGAUAAUAAAUACAUUUCCUGAACAUUUGGAAAACAUUUUUCCAUUUAUUGUUUAAACGUGCGACUCAUUAGGGGACUACAGCCGUUUCCGGCUCGAGUCUAAAGUACCUCUGUCAGAUGAAUUAAUUCCAACAUAAUUAUUAUAUAUGUGUAUAACUACGUAUAUGUAAUGUUCAAAAUUAUACUACAGAGUUGAAGAUAGUUUAAUGUGAAAUAAAUUGUGAUGCAUACAAAACAGUUAAAUCUGCUUCUUAUUUUAUAAC